CGGAUGUUACGGCAGUGUGUGUCGAUGAUGUGUGUCCGUGCCCCGGAUGUCUUCCCCGUGUUACGGCAGUGUGUGUCGGUGAUGUGUCGGUAGAGAUGACGGUCCCCCUGCUCCUGGUCCUCCUGCUCCUCUCCUCGGCCCCCCCUCUGUCCGCCUGGGACCCGGACCUGGAGCUGCUGGACCUGGUGGAGGAGAUCCAGAUCAACUUCUACACUUUCCUGUCCGUGGAGCAGGAUGCGUCUCCAGUGGAGAUAAAGAAGGCAUACCGCCGGCUGUCUCUGAUUCUGCACCCUGACAAGAACAAAGAUGAGAACGCUGAGACUCAGUUCAGACAGCUGGUGGCCAUUUAUGAAGUCCUGAAGGACGAGGAGAGGAGGCGCAGCUAUGACGACAUCCUGCUGAACGGCCUCCCUGACUGGCGCCAGCCGGUCUUUUAUUACCGCCGCGUGAGGAAGAUGAGCAACGCUGAGCUGGGCUUCCUCCUCUUCCUCAUCCUCACCGUGGGACAUUACGCCGUCAUCUGGUCCAUCUACCUGGAGAAACAGCUGGACGAGCUGCUAAGCAAGAAGAAGAAAGAGAAGAAGAAGAAGCUGAGACCUGCCGAGGAGCCCAGGUGUAUCGGCCCGGACCGUAGCGACAGAGUCAGUGAGCGGCCGCACUGGCAGGACAUCCUCCCUCUGAAGCUGAGCAUCUGGCUCUACCUGUCAAUCAAACACCUGCCAGAAACCAUCCAG